UAUGGGUCUGACUGCAUGCGAUUAAUGAAAACAAAAGAAUUAAAUGUUUCUAGAGGAAGAACUGGGACAGGAACCAGACCAAGUUUAAAGAAGAGAUCUCCAUCCCCUGUAGUUACAGGCAAAGUUUCCUCCUUCAGGACUAGGUUUGAAUCCGCUCCGAGUUCCCCCCUCAGUACUGGAUCUAUACCUAGGAGUAAUAAACUUAAACUCAGAGAACCUCAUGAGGUUUUACCAGUUGGUCGAACCUCAUCUGUCACCCGGCUUCCAGCUCAUUUUAUCCCUAGCCCAGGAUCAGGAUCCAAUACCAGGCCUAGUGUUAACAGAACCCACUCACUCAGAAAUCCGACUAGUCCCUGCAGUACUGACAUAACAAGCGUGGAAGCUGCUGUAGAUUAUCUUCGGUCAACUUUACCUAGACAACCCAGUAGAUCUAACCUAGUUGGUCGAAGAAUGUACGGUGAACCAGGCUCAACAAAUAUUGGAGAUAUGAGGGACAGAUCAAACCUACGGACUCCAUUCGGACUGAAGAGAUAGCUCCACUGCUCCAUCCUUCAUGUAAACUCAAGAUCUUCCUUUAAAGGGACUGUAGACGUAAUUUCAACUGAUUUCACAUUUAUAGAACGGGAUGUUUAAUCCUCAACGGUGCCCUUAACAGCCUUGUAUGUUGUAUAGAUCAAGUAUGAUUGAGAUAUCCAUAUUAAUUAUUUUCUUUUGUGGUUCCUCAAUAGUAGUCACUUGCGGAUUUCUACAACCGACACAACUGGGGUAAACUGGUAGAAUUUAACAUUCUUUAAGAGAUAAAAACAAUGAUACACUUAAACAGAAUAAGAUUUAAAGGGUUCCGUUGUGAAUCGGUCAUGUUCCCAUUAACUGGAAAGUCACUUAGAAUUCCUACACAGUCCCUUUACACUUCCAAUAUAGUUUUGUUUAUGUAAACUUUAUAUAUGAAGAAAUAUAUAUAUAUCAAUUUAUUAA